ACUCUUAUUCCAGAUUUAUUGAGUUUCCGUAUGUCCUUUGCCUUUUUCCUACUAAGCUGCAGCCAUAAUAAUCUUGUGGUCUCAUAGUUAUCCUGUUUGUUCCACAAGCCAUACGUCGCGACCACGGUGUAUUCAUCCAUUUUAUCGUUAUCACUAAACGCUGGUAGUACGGAGCUAUCCGUUUCUUCUAUUGGCAUCUCUGCGCUGCGUAGAUGUAAUGUAAUCAGUGCUCGCUUCUGUGUCAGUGGGCCCUUUUUAUUUUAUUCAGUAUUUCUGCAUGCCCGAAAUUGGUGGUUGUCUUCCACGUUUUGGCUUCUCUGAGCCUGGCAGCGCUCUUUGCGGCCGUACCAUGGAUGAAAAUAUGCAGCGGUUGCAAAUGAAAUAUCAUUUUAAGCCCUUCCUGAGGUGCGCAACUUACUGCUGCCGAUAUGGCAAAGCAUGCGAGUCUUUACAAUUUCUUAUUAUUUUCCUGUUAUUAACUUUGUCUAGAACCCUCUACCAUACUAAGGACUCGUGGGUUGCCAAUUGGUCUGAUGACUUUGGUGUAAAUCCCAUAGAAGAGGUACGAUGAUAGUAGUCUCCAUUGAUUUCCAAAGGUCCCCUUGCACGUAUAGAGAUUUCCUGGCUCUCUCCUCUAAAUUCUUUUUCCAACUUGGAGUCGAGGUAUUUUGCCUCGGAGGAAAUAUUCAAAGUAGUUUCACCUCAUUUCGGGUUAUGAAAAUUUUAUAUUCUUUAAGUUAAAUUUAAUUAGCAUAAAAUUGUGACCGAUCAAAAGCAAUUGAGCUGUCCACCUAGGAACGAAACGUAUGGUUGUUGUUUCCUUGUCAGUUUGCUUUUGGGGUGAAGCUCUCCCACUUUGACAGAUCGCAACUAUUAACAUAUUUGACUUUUAACAAUCACCUACAUACAACGGAAGUGUGAAAAGCUAUUUUUUAAUUUGUGUUAUCUUAAGCGUGUCCGUGUAUUAUGUGAAACUAUUGUUUAAAUAAAUUUCAAUUGGAGUAUAAAAACUAAUUGUGCUAAAAUGCUUAGUAAAACAGAAGAAAGAACGCGGAAUAUUUAAGAAAACUCGUAAUUGAGCUUACAGCAAAAAUAUAUGUAAAAGACGUGUGAUUUCUGGAGUACCGACUGUGCAUACAUAUGUAUAUAUAAUACAUACAUACAAUGUAAAUAGAUACAUACAUGCAUAUGUGCAAUUUUUAUCGCGUUUUACCUUAUUAAACGUGAAUUUAACUAAACGAAGACCCUUAAAAAUGUGCGCAAUGAACAUAAAUUCGUGGCUAUCGAGAUCGAUGUGGCGUCAUAAAUUGUAAUGUUAAUUAAACGUAAGUUGGCACCUUAACUGCGAAUUUUCACGACAAACGGCGAACAACGGCAAUGGGCAAUGCAAGACAAUAACAACAACAACACAAACAACAACAACAACAAUAACCAAUACAAGGCUAACUGUCUAAGUGAGAGAAAAAAAAAAAGAAUAAAAGGUGUAUAAGAACUAAAGUCAUGUGCCAACAACAAAACAAAAAACAAACAGGAAAUAUCGCAAAUUCAAGUGAUUACUUAGCCAGGAUUGUACUAGCAACACGUACAUGAACAAUGGAGGCAUGCAUAGGCAAGCGUUGAACUGUGAUAGCUUUGACAAAGAAAGUGGAAAAGUAGAGUUUUUUAAGAACUAACUUGUCUACUGCGAAUCACUUAAGUGAAACAAAAUAAAAGUAAAUGAAAUUAAAAAAAAAAAACAAAACGAGUCAAUUAUUAAAAUACAAUAAAUUAAAUUAAGUUUCAUUAAUUAUAUUUACACACACAAUAUUUAAAAACAAAAUAAAGAAAAAUAGUAAUUUUGGCAUCGGAGUGCUGUGAAUACAUACGUUCGUUUUUGUUCUUGUGUGAAUUUGUUGCUGUAUUUAAUUUUAUUUUUUAAUUUGAAUGUACCCGCAUUACUUAAAAAAAAAUCGUUGUGCUCAUUCACCUAAUGCACAAGCGAUCUCCAUACUAUUGACCAUUACCCAAAAAUCUAAACUCUACCAUACUUCAGUUGUUGCAUGCAACAGCAGCACCAGUCAAUUGUAUUGUUAACAACGACAACGUCGUUACUUUAUUGAAAAGGUAGCGGUAAUUUGUUGAAAGUAACGCUUUGAAACACUUGUUACGUGCCGUAAAAAUAAAAACAACAAAUCGUUAAAUAAAUUUUACGCAUAUCCAAUCCUACGAACACUUGCAUCUAGCGAAUCUUAGCAUUGCGUAGCGAGUAGCACAAUCAUGCCAUCAAAAGCGUCGCCCUCUCCACGAUCAACGGCAUCGCGGCGACAGCAGCUACUCAUUCGCUCAACCGUCCACUACAAUCUGCGUUCAUUCAAUUAUGUUGCUGACGAGCCCCAACGCAUCUACCAGGUGUGGCGCAUUACCGAUACGGUAUUGCAAAGUCAACAGGAGCAGCAUCAAAUGCAACACCGACGACAACAACUCCCUUGUAAACAUUAUCAACAGAAUGUCUGUAACAUAGCGCUAUUCAUGGGCAUCACUGCUCCACAUUUAAAAUUUUGCAACAACAACAAGUUCCUAUUAAUAUUGUUCCUCUGCGUUUCUUUAUUACUGCUCGCCGGCAAUUGUCUACCCACAGUCAUGGCAGCCACAAAUCCGCGCAUACCCUAUAGACCACCGAAAGCGGAACCGGGCGAAUGCAGAAGCAUCGAUGUGCGUAACGAAUGCGCUAGUCUGAAUCAGCUGCAUAACUGCACUGUUAUUCGUGGCUUUCUGUUGAUAGUCCUUUUGCCAUCGUUGCGCAGGGGACCGCAAGAGGUUUGUGAUUAUGGGAAGUAUAGCUUUCCUUUGCUGCGUGAAAUUACCGAUUUUCUGAUAUUCCAUGAUGUGAAGGGACUGCGCAGUAUACGUGAUCUCUUUCCCAAUUUGGCUGUGAUACGUGGCCGCCGUUUGUUCCUGAACUAUGCACUUGGCAUUACUAAUAUGCCUGAUUUGGAAGCGCUGGAAUUUAAAUCUCUAAUUGCCAUUCAACGUGGACACGUUUAUAUAAAUAAUUGUCCAAAACUAUGCAACUUAGACAAGAUAAAUUGGGAUCGCCUUACACUGUCCGUGGGUGAAAAUCAGGUAUUUCCUAUAGCGCCAGAGAGCUGCCCAACAAAAACUGUUUGCCAACGCUGUGCUACCGAGUAUUGUUGGUCCAAUGAUGUUUGCCAACGUUUCGAAAAUGACAAUCUGAUCGAUACGAAACAAGGCAUCCAACAUUGUCAUAGCGAAUGUCUGGGUGGUUGCUCUAACAGCUCAAGCGUCGGUUGUCUAACAUGUAAAAACUUAAUGGAUCACGGGUCAUGCGUGAAAGAGUGCCCACCGGAUAAAUAUUUAUUUGGCAUAUUUCAAAACUGCUAUACCGAGUCUGAGUGCAAGCAAAACUUGAAUAUGACUAUCGAAAACGACCAAUGUUUGUUACACUGUCCGCAGGGUUCUAUAUUCGAUGUCAAUGGGCGUGAUGUCAUUGGUUGUAUACCUUGCGAUGUCGAAAUGCGCGAUAAUAUCUUCACCAUUUUUAACUUGGGUGAUGCCGAUCGCCUACGCGGUUGUACUACUCUCAAUGCAAGUGUACUCAUAACGAUACGCAAUACGAUCAACGAAGAUGACUUAGUACGCAGUUUGAGUAGAUUACGUGAGAUACGUGGCUAUUUGAAAAUUGUCAGAUCUACUGGUCUUACGAAUUUAAAAUUUCUGUCUGGUUUAAAAUCGAUUGCCGCCAAUCGUGAUUUCUUGGAGGCUGGCGUGUAUGGGCUUGUCUUAUAUGAUAAUGAAAAUUUAAAAGAUCUAUGGCAACCAGAUAAUCUUAAACUGAUUCAUGGCAGCAUGUAUGUGCAUUUAAAUAAAAAACUAUGCAACCGUAAAUUGCGAGAAUUUGCGCGAAAAGUGAAUCAUGACCGUUCGAAAAACUCAUUGCAGGUGAACGAUCAAGAGGUGUUGUGCGAUCCGGCGAAGUUGACGUUGGAUAUUGAGGUAUUAUCACAUCGGUCCGCAAAAUUCAGCUGGCUCAAGGCACAAACUUCUUUCGAAGUGGAGAUCAUGUACCGUCCGAUUGGCCCGAAUGAGGAGUUCGUUGAGCAUAGCGAGCUGGAUAGUCACAUCUGCAAUAGAAUCCAAUGGACACGUGCUCUUAUCUUUCCAAUGGAGCUGCAAAGCAACGAUACUCACUACAGCUAUACUGCGCAAGAUUUAAGGCCCAAAACGCGUUAUGCGUGCCUAGUAAAAACAUUCGGUCUGGCCGACAUAUAUGAUGCACGAAGUGAGUUGAAGUACAUAACUACAAAACUGGACUUGCCCGCCCCGCCGACAAUCAACGUCACCAAAAAAACUGAUGUUUCACUCACCAUAAAACUGGAGCAGGCAAGCGAAGACAUUGUACGCUACUAUAUCUUAGAAUUAUACGAACAUCCCGACAACCAAGCUGAGCUGGAUCGCCGUGAUUUCUGCUUGCAACCGAGUUAUAUGUACCACGAGGGUGAAACCGUCAUCAGCGUUGAGGAUCACGAUACCUGUUGUGCGCGUAAGGAAGAAGAAAUGGACGACCUUCGUUUUACAAAGAAUAUGCGCAAACUCUUCGAAUGCGAUUUAGAUCAUAAGGAGAAUUGCAUGGCCAACACCGCCAUGGCAGCGCCAACUACCGACACAACAGCCACAUCAUUUAAAGCAAUGCUCCGGCUGCAUUUGGAUGCGCUAAACGGCAAUACGACCAUUAUUCCACACCUCGAACGGUUUCGCUUGUACACCAUACAGGUGCAAUCCUGCAAUGAAGUUGGCUGUGGUACCUACGCAUUCUACUGGACACGCACCAACUUGUCGAUUGGCGGCGAGCGAUUGGAAGCUUUACAUGCCUGCCGUGUCUCUGGUAUAAAUGAAUUUCAUGUGAAUUUCCGGGAACCAAAACACCCGAAUGGCAUGAUCACCUCGUACGUGGUACACUUUCGCCAAGUGCUGCCAAAUGUUGAGAAUUACAGAAGUCACAUCGAAUGCGUGACACGUGCGCAACACGUGUACAACGAUUAUCAACUGAUCGCUCAAUUGGAUGCGCCAUUCAAUGAGGUAGCAGUGCGGGUUUACUCGUUGGCCGGUGGCUUCUUCACCAGCUGGGUGCCUAUAACCAUUUGUCCAUUUGAUGCAGCUGUUGUCAAGAUGGGCGCGGCAACUGACCGCGAAAAUCACAUUGGAUAUGGCACCAAGAUUUUCCUGGCAAUAUUCUUAAUCAGUAUCUGUGCGGCCAUUGCGUGGGCGUGUUUCAAAUCUCGUUGGUGGCGAAAUAUUACUGCUUGGCGACGCCACCUGGCCUUGUGGUGGGCUCGACAACGACAGCGGCAUGGUGACUCUGGAAACCCGCUUGUGGAAUACCGGCAUCAACCCGAAGACGAUCGAGACGAUAAUUCGGAUUAAGGAAGAGAUGGCUAAUGAAGUAAAGGACAUGAGAAAUAAUAAAGCAGUAGUUUUAAAAUUUUA